UGCAGUCAGGAAGCGCUAACGUUACUUAGCUUUUGACGAACAGCUGCAGCUGCUCGUAGGUAGGAGUCUAACCGAGCAAAACGAUGAACGGAAAGACGGUGAUAGUGACCGGUGCUAACAGCGGUAUCGGGAAAGCCACAGCGGCCGGUGUUGUGAGGCUCCGGGGCCGCGUGAUAAUGGCCUGCCGGGACGUGCACGGGGCCGAGGAGGCAGCCCGGGAGAUACGAGAGGAGACCGGUGCAGACAGCAGACAGCUGGUCGUCAAACAGCUGGACCUGUGCUCACUCACAUCUGUACGCACUUUCUGUCGAGACAUCAUAAAGGAGGAGCCUCGGUUGGAUGUUCUCAUCAACAAUGCUGGUGUCUACCAGUGUCCUUACACCAAAACAGAAGACGGCUUUGAGAUGCAGUUUGGGGUCAAUCACCUGGGCCAUUUCCUGCUCACCCACCUGCUGCUGGACCUCCUGAAACAAUCAGCUCCCAGUCGCAUAGUGGUGGUCUCCUCCAAACUCUACAAGCGCGGUCACAUUAACUUCGAGGACUUGAACAGCGAGCAGAGCUACGACAAGGCCUUCGCAUACAGUCGCAGCAAACUAGCCAACCUGCUGUUCACCUGCGAGCUGGCUCGUCGACUGGAGGGCAGCAGAGUUACGGUGAACGCUCUGACCCCAGGCAUAGUGAGGACUAAUCUGGGGAGGCACGUCCAUGUCCCAACGUUAGCAAAGCCCCUGUUUAACCUGCUGUCCUGGAGCUUGUUUAAGAGCCCAGAGGAAGGAGCACAGACAUCAGUCUAUUUGGCCUGCAGCCCAGAUGUGGAGGGUGUGCAGGGUAAAUGCUUUGCAGAUUGUCGGCCUCAGAUUCUGCUGGACAAGGCCACAGACCAGGAAGUGGCCAGUAAACUGUGGGACAUUAGCGAAGUCAUGGUGGGCAUAACCACGUGAUCACUCCAAACAUACUCAUCAGUGAAUUGCCUUAAAAAUCCUAAAUAUUUAGUGCCUUGCCCUGUACAGCAGAGGGUUUAUCAGGCAUGCAGCACACUGGUGUCACAAAAAAUGUCUACAGCUGCUCCACCCACUGCUUCACAGAACAGAAAACUUACAGGAUCUUCACGUGUCAAAAGCAUGUUUUGAUUUGAAGGGCCUGAAAACAUAUUUUCUGAAUCAGUUUCCUCCCAUGAUUAAUAGCUUCCUGCAUGAGCUCACUACAUCCUGCCAGAGUUGAAACAGUUUUGGUCGAUACACAAUUUCUUUAUUUCUGUUUUUUUUUUUUGUUCGAUUCUCACUGGUUGGUUAAUGUGAUGUAACAUAUUUACACACACCAAUAGAGACAGAGCUCAAUGAUGAGGAAAAAACAGUCGCGCUCCACUGACUUUGUGUCCCGUCAAGGUGAGGUAGAGACAUCCUGAUACCAUUUUUUCUUUCCCAUAACAAUCCUGAUACUUGACCUUUGUGUAUCAGCCAAUACCAAGUACCAAUGCAUUUAAUUUAAUGCAUGUUUAUAUUAUAAUAGCUGUACACAAUGAACACUUCCUAUCAUUGUUGCAUGUCUAUCUCAGGUUAAACCUUCCAAUGUAAAACAUUAAUACAUACAAACAGAGAUGAACAGCAGGAAACAUUAUUUCAUUAUCUAGUUUGACGUUUAGCCAGAGCUACCUAACGUUACACUACCGGUAAUCAACUCUAAAACAGUAGUUCAUAUCAAAUCAAAUCAGAUUUAAUUUGUAUAGCACAAACAUAUUGCACAAUUACAAUGAAGAAGUUUAUUCAAAUGAUUGAAAUGAUCAGCUCGUCAUCAAGCUCUACAGUGGCCUGAUAAUGAGCCACUCAUUUGAAUCAGGUGUGGUGGAGGAGGAAACCUCUCAAACAUGCAGGGCAGUGGUCCCCGAGGACCAGGAUUAAGAAACACUGCAUUAGGAGGU